AUGGUGCAUGGACACUCUAAACCCGGACCGAAAGCUGACAACGAUAUGAAGGACAAAUGUGAGGAGAAAGUACCUCCGCUUGUGGAUCCCUGGGGACGACCUCUGCCUGGGGGACCUGUCAAACCACCUGCACCUGUGAAGGACAAAUGUGAGAAGAAAGAACCCCCGCUUGUGGAUCCCUGGGGACGACCUCUGCCUGGGGGACCUGUCAAACCACCUGCACCUGUGAAGGACAAAUGUGAGAAGAAAGAACCUCCGCUUGUGGAUCCCUGGGGACGACCUCUGCCUGGGGGACCUGUCACACCACCUCAGCCUGGCGUGUGUCCACCUCCGCCUUGUGUGUGUCCACCUCCGCCUUGUGUGUGUCCACUUCCGCCUGGUGUGUGUCCACCUCCGCCUGGUGUGUGUCCACCUCCGCCUGGUGUGUGUCCACCUCCGCCUGGUGUGUGUCCACCCCACCAAACCGGUGUGUACCACCUCCACCGCCUGUGUGACAAUCACCCAUAA